CUGUCUGGCCAUCGGUCGAUUUGCACUGCUCUUCUUUUCUAAAUUGCAACUUAGCUAGAGAUUCGACAGUGCAAUACAAGCCAAAGAAAAUUUCUAUGCAUUUUCGGCUGUUCGACCUCCAUGACCCUGGAGCAGGCAAGAAAGGCAUAGCGCAGGAAUCCUCAGGACAGCAGGCACUCAUCGCCACUCGCAAGGACGAUCAAGGAUAGUUAUCAAGCAGGAGUGUGAAUGAGUUGUGCUCACGCCUCGCUCCGACUUGAAAUUCUGAAAAAGCUGAGAUGAGUCGAGUAUGGCCGCUGCUGCUCAGGAGCACCGUGAUACUGGCGCUGUGGGUCGCCCUGGCCAUCCUGAGCGUCCGCACGGCGCAGAGUCUGGUCAUGAAAUCACACCUGCCGAUCGUGUUCCUCGCCGUCUGUGGUAUAUUCUAUAUCAUCCUGAACAUCGUUUGUUUCACUCAGUUGAUCCUCUGCAAGAGUGGCAUCAUCAACAGACUGUUUCUCAUCCUGCUUCUCCUCACAAUGACGGUUCUCAUGUACCCGUUGUGCCUUCAAGUAUGGCGUGCCUUUAUGGCUGCCAUCGAGAAAGACCCAAGAAUCAGGAAGCAAAAGAUUCUGAAAGCCAGGUACGCAAAUUGGGUUGCCUCGAAGCCGUCCGCGAAGCAGCUUCCAGACGUGGAUUCGCCACACACGUUUGGAAGUUGCGUGCCAUCCCGGCUAGCUCCUGCUUCGCCAUCAGGUGCAUCCAGCCAACAGGAUGCUUCUGUCCCUGACAAUGACUCUCCGGCCCUCCAGGUAACCAGCACCAGGUUCCAUAAUAAUACGAGGAACAUAAGGCUAUCGUUGGACUCACCUGAAAUUUACGUCGGAGAACGUAAUUUCUGCAAAUACGUCACAAGAACUUUGAAACAUCUCUUUAUAAGGAAAAAACUGUCAUACCACAUCAUCACUAAUGAAUCAGAUGACAUUCUCCAUGUAUCAAAGUCUAAGGCAAUUGCCGACGAACUUCCCGACCGUGUGAUCCAGAAAGACCCUCUCGUUAUUUGUAAUGAUAACCAUUACGUCAUUUCCUUCGUUACGUAUCUCUGGUUUGAGAAUUUCCAAGUCACCAAAAGGAGUAGCAGCAUGAUUGAAACUUUCAAACAAGUCGAUCUCAAUAAGUUUAUAUGGCCGAUGGUGUGGCCUUCAACUAUCAGCCUUUUCUACGCUAUGUUCGACCUUCCAUUUAUUAAUAAGCGCACUGUCUAUGUGUAUACUUACCCAGCAGUGGGUGUGGUAGUUUGGCUGUUAACUAGGCACAAUGUGGACGACACUUGGAAGAAUGUUUUACUGCUCAUGCCCCUCAGAGUUUUCUUUACCGUCAGCAGGUCCCUUCUGGUGUGUGCCAUCGCCGUGGAAAUGUUCUUAUCUGCUCUUUCAAUCUACGUUACCGCCAAAAUCGUCGGGAUCAUCGUUCUUGGCAUUCGCCUCGCCUAUGCGAAAGUGAGACGGAAUGUUGAGCUCCUAGGUGAUCCAAUCGACAAGUACACUUUCAAUCCGCUGCUCCAGUUCUGGGAACAGGUAGUCGAAAGUUGCGUUUACUGCAUUUGGGCUUUCGCGUGGCCUUACCCCGAGCACGAACCGUUGAUUGUUUAUCAAUGCAUGUUACCAAUGGUUGUUAUCUGUCAAAUUCUUGGACUGAUUUUGGGUCGUAAAAUAUCACGUGGACCUCUUGCGAGACCCAGUGAAGGUAUUCCAGAUUACUCAAAACAGCGUCCUACACUUCCCGAUCAACCAGUCAAAGUUACCAAAAUUAUAGCAAAUUAUGUAACUGAUCAUAGAGCCGAGACUCCGAUCUAA